CGCAACGUGAGCAAACAAGGAAAUGAAACCAACGUAGUUUAAGCUUUUAUUUUCAGUUUAUGACCACACUGCAGGUGUGCCAGUCUUUUACCUGCUAGUUUAACUGACACAGAUAUGAGUGACCUUCCUGUAAACCCGCUGGUUUUGAUUGGCAUCGGGUCCAGCUUUGCCUUCUCUGGCCUUUUCUAUAAGUUAUACAAAGAAAAGAAAGAAGAGUUGAAAAAGCUAAAGGAAAUACCCAUUUUCAAGCCAGACCAACAUCUGGUCAAAAUCCUGAGAGCAUCUCCCCACAAGCGACUUCAGUAUGUUGCUGUCGAAGGUCUGGUCCAGGCAGAUGGGGAGCCACUGGCCAGUCAGUUUGUCCCACGAUGCUUUGGUGUGAUUCAGAAGAUAGCAGUGGAGGAGCACUGGAAAUACUGGAACUCCCUCACCAAGACAUGGAAUUCUCGGACAACGAACAGGAAAGAAACCAACAACACAGUGCCCUUCAGUCUGGUCAGCCCUGGAGCCUAUAUCACUGACUUGUACGUGAAGAUUCAAAACCCUCUGGAGGCCUCUGGGUGCGACUUGGAAAGGGUUUAUUUCAAAGUAAGGCGUGCUGAGGAGGGCUUGGUGAAUGUGAUGAUGCAGGGCAUCAAUGGGGAGAAACCAGUGGCGAUGGAGGAGAGUGAGGAGCUGCUGCGGGUGGGGAGCACCCUGACUGGUUUUGGUGAGGUGGUACUGGAGGGGGGGCAGGUGAUGAGGCUGCAGGCCCCGCAGGACGGCCGCAAGUUCAUCCUGGUGCCCACUGACUACAGGAGCUUCAUGGACAGGCAUGAGAAAACAGCCAGCAUGUGGAAGGCGCUGACUGCUGUGACUGGCAUCACAGGGGCUUCUCUUUUAGCCAAGGUGAUCUAUGGUUUGGUGGGAAAACAGGAUGACAAAUCAAAGUAGGAUUGAAGAUACUGCAGGUUUAACAGCUUAAAAUGCUGUUUGGGAGUCCCAGUACUGCCUCAGGUGUUUUAUCCUAAAUUCCAUAGCCCUGUCCUGAUGCUAAUAUAUCUCAAUUCAUUGAUGACAGGUAUUAUCUUGUCACAUUGCAAUAUACAUCAAAGACUACAGUGGUCAUGAGGGGCAAAACGCAUAAUUGGACAAAACUGAUUAGGGAAAAAAGAAAGCACAGCAAUUCAGAGGAACACAUUGACAAAUUAGAUAACACAAAUGAAAAUGCAUAAAUGUCAGAAAAUACAUGAACAAAUAAAAAAAAGGACAUUUUAUGAAACAGAAAAGGCAGUGACAACAAUUUUUGUAGCACUCACGUCAAUUAUGUAUUUUAUAAACUGUUGUGGGUCCUAAAAUAUUUGUUUUCUGAAAUGUUUAAAAUUUGUUUGACAUAUUAUAUGCAAUGUUCUGUUUUGCCCCUCAGGGCCACCACACUUAAUGGACCACUCAAAGGAUGUUAAGCUGUUUUGUCAUUUUCCUCUAUUGUACAAGAAUUCUGUGUACUCAAAUCCUGCACCUGAUGAUGUGAGCAAAGGCAGAGUGUAGCAGUUUAGUCUGGGGAUUUUUUUUAGAAGGUAUUUGCGCCUAAAACUUUCUGUGUAGGAGGGAUGAAUGAAGCCUUGCUACAAGAUAAAUUCCUUGUAGGUCUAACGAUGUACAGUCACACGUCAAGCUAUGACAACUACACAUUUGCUUAACACCUGAUCAUGUGGCCUCUAUCUCCAACUUCUUCUGCAGUCAUUAGGCCAUAAUUAUUCCAAAAAGUAUGUGACAAGUGAUUAACACCUCAGAGGAUCAUGCAUUUAAUGCAGGAUAUUUGACUUUAUUAGAUUUAUUAACUUUAGAAUUUAAACAAUUCAAAGCUACUUUAUCAUGGGGACGUUUAAUUUUUGUAAUGAAAGUGUAUUUUUUAUAAUUUACAAUAAAAUCAUUAGUUUAAGAAGGUAUGUGGUGUUAGCCAUCUUUUAUUUUCACAAUCUUUUACUUUUGAUUGCAAGAUUUUAACUGUGAGCCUGAUCAAACAAACUACUUACAUGUCAUCAGUGUCAGUCCAAGUUUCCAGUCACCAUGUCCACACAGGAUGGAAUUAAAAUCCAAUAAGGUGAUUUGGACUGAAUCUAUUUAGCGGAUAUAAUCAUCUACCUCUUAGAUUUUUAUGUUCUUGCUGUAUUGUUUGUUUACUGUUCAAUGUGUAGACAAAAAAGGACACUUAACACUGUGGUACCUAAUCUUUUUAAAGGGAUGUGGUGUUUGUAUUUAAUAAAACCUCUUUUCAAACCUUGAA